GGAAAAGACCUUCCCCCCCCGCCCUCCCUCGCUGAGAAGAUGGCGCUCUCCAGGGUGUGCUGGGCUCGGGCUGCUCUGUGGGGUUCGGCGGUCACCCCCACACCUUAUGUCACCCGGAGGCUGCAGCUUGUUCGCUUUGGACUGGCCUGGGGGGCCCCUCGUCUGUUUGAUCCUCCUUGUAGGUCUUCAAAGUUUCACCUUUCUCCAAAGACAGAUGUGAAGAGCUUAAUGUCUUAUGUGGUGACUAAGACAAAAGUGAUUAGUGGGAAAUACCAUCGUUUUUUGGAUCGUCAUUUUCCCCGCUUCUAUGUCCUGUACACAACCUUCAUGAAAGGAUUGCAGAUGAUUUGGGCUGAUGCCAAAAAGGCUAGAAGAAUAAAGACAAAUAUGUGGAAGCACAAUGUAAAGUUUCAUCAGCUCUCAUACCGGGAGAUGGAGCAUUUGAGACAGUUCCGUCGAGACGUCACCAAGUGUCUUUUCCUAGGUAUUAUUUCCAUUCCACCCUUUGCCAACUACCUGGUCUUCUUGCUAAUGUAUCUGUUUCCUAGGCAACUACUGAUCAAACAUUUCUGGACCCCAAAGCAACAAAUUGAUUUCUUAGAUGUCUAUCAUGCUAUACGGAAGCAGUCCCACCCAGAAAUCCUUUGUUAUUUAGAAAAAAAUAUCCCUCUCAUUUCUGAUGCAGGACUCCGGUGGCAUAUGACAGAGCUGUGCACCAAGAUACAGCGUGGCACCCAUCCAGCAAUACAUGAUAUCCUGGUUCUGAGAGAGUGUUUCUCUAAGCAUCCUCUAAGCAUGAGCCAGCUCCAUACUCUGCAAAUGAAAGCCUUGAGUCGAGCCAUGCUUCUCACGCCUCACCUGCCUUCUCUCUUGCUGAGACGCCGUUUAAAGACUCACACCACUGUGAUUCACCAGCUGGACAAGGCUUUGGUGAAACUGGGGAUCAGCCAGCUGACUGCACAGGAAGUGAAAUCGGCUUGUUAUCUUCGUGGCUUGAAUUCUACCCUUAUUGCAGAAGAGAGGUGUCGAACUUGGCUGGCAGAAUGGCUGCAGAUUUCCUGCAACCUGAAAGAAGCCGAGCUGUCCCUUUUGCUACACAACGUGGUCCUGCUUUCCAUCAACUACACUGGGACAAGGCGCUGAGUGAACAUGGAGCGGAUGUCAUUGUCCUGCCAUCACAGUACUGCUACGUGGGACCAAACAGCACUUGUCAGCAAAGUCUCUGUGCGCUGCUGGAUGUGUGAGAGGCAGAGGAGCAGGUGCCACAGGCUUCCGUGUGGUGCCUGUGUGGGAGCUGGAACUGAAACACACCUUCUCACCAGAGGUGGCCCAUGUGAGGUGCCAUCCCAGCUCUCUUGGAAUUAGCUGGAAUUGGAAGCGGCCAGUGUACUGGGCUUUUACUGGGACAUGUUCAGAUCCUAGGAAGUAAGCUUCUGCCCGAGGUGGGAAUGCUCAUCUGGCUUAGGACUGACCACUGCCAUACUCUUCUGAGCAGUGUUUUUGUUGAAGCCGCUUCCUGCCUGGUGGGAAUAGCACUACUUAAACUGGAGCAUUCACGUGCAUGUUCUUUGAUGCUCCCCUCAACCCCGAGGUGACCAAAAAUAGGAAUUUUUUUUGUCCCCCUCAUUGGGGUAACUAACCUCUUUUCAAAAUCCUUUCACCAUUUUAACUUUCCUUGUUUUAGUGAUUAACUUAUGGGAACAUUUGAAUGGAAAAGAUGAAAGAAGUCCAAGUGCUUCUUGACCCGUUCCCCAGUGUUUACAGCCUUCACACCCUUGUCUUAAUUUCUGGGCUGUGCUACACCCCCUGUGGAUCUUAAACUCUUUGCUACCUCCACUGUGUUGCAGCCUUCCCACUGUAACCUACAGUGGCUGCCUUCUUUGGGCCACGGAUGAAACCCGUACGGCACUAAUUACUGCCCAGCUCGGGAGACCAGGAGAGGUCUGCAUCAAGAUAGUAAGUUGGGUGUAGCUUUUGUCUAUGUAUGCACACCAGUGACCUGUAGUAACUUAUUGUGAAUGCAUGAAGCACUGUUUUUAAACCCAAGUAAAGACUGUCUGAAAUCAGUUGCUGGGAAUUACUCAUGCAUACUCUAAUCAUUUUGCUCCUUUACAAGACUGUCAUAACCUAACUAAUGGGGAGAUAAUUGGUGGGAAUAGAACUUUCUGAUGGGGUGGCAGUUAUAAAGGAACUGAUUUGAAGUUGAUUCUCUUGCUGGAAUUUAAAUGGUAACUAGGAAUAGAAAAUUUCACAAAAAGAUAAAGUAAUGAAAUUGAAGGCCCCAAGAAUAGGGACUAGAGAGGGAAAAGCUACAGCCGGGCAGGAGCGAGGCCUGUUCAGCUGAUGAGGUGCAUAAGGGCAUGUGAUGCCAAGCUCUUGAUGCUCCAGAGAGAACGUUCUAUUUUUCCACCAUAAAACUUUUGUUAACAUUAAUCCCUAACUGACCUAAUUAGUUUUAAAUACAAUGCUGGAGAAGUAUUCUUUUUCUAACAAGUAACUGGAUUGUGGCCUGC